UACAAAAACUUUGAAAUUAAGUAGGUAUCGACCUACAAUGAGCGAACCACCUACUAAUUAUCGUAAAAAGCUAAUAAAACUAGUAAAAUUGACAUGUAUUUAAAAGCAUUCUUGGGUGAACACAGAAUCAGUUGCUGGAUUCUGCGAAGUGGGUGCCUUAGUCUAAAUAGCGCAGACAUAAUAUUGAAUCAGUCGUUAGAUGAUGUUAGACGGUCUCGCAUCAACCGUGGUUACUGUGACACGAUUGCAAUACGAAUCUUCUUGGCAGCCGCACCGUCUCACUGCGCCCAGUUGAAGCAAAAUGCCGUACUUAUUUUGGCCUGCCAAUUUAAAUAUCUGACAGCAUAUAGGUACAUCUGCUACAAUAUAACUUUACAGAGCGGUUCGCAUUUGUACCGGACAGUUAAGGCGGGCAGACAGGCGACAUGACGGAGAACUUGUGCAGUUAACCAGUUCAAACUUCGUUUAUGGAGUUUUCGCGCCAAUCCGACUUUUGUGUGAUUUGAAAAGCAUCAGUGUGAAGGACUUUUAAUUUUGUGGAAAGUUAUUUUGAUCAGCCACCAUGGAUUCAUGGGGGAUCUUGAAUGUGGACAGCGCUGCGAUGGCGAUCACAAGGGAUGAUUUGGGCUCCAGUUUUCGCCGGAAACAAAUGAUGACUAUAGAAAAACUUCCAGACAAAGUAUUACUGAAUAUAUUUUCGUAUCUAACACAUCGAGAAAUAUGUCGAAUGGCAACGGUAUGCAAAAGAUGGAGAAUGGUCGCUUACGAUACAAAACUAUGGACUCACGUGAGUUUGCGACCUGAGAUUUCAGGAUUACAUGUUGGAUCACUGGAGUCUCUCCUAGCCCUGAUUUCCAUUAGGUUCGGCCCCUCGCUGCGCUACAUCGAACUGCCGAUAGAACUGAUCACGCACACGGUGCUGCACGAGCUGGCCGCUAAAUGCCCUAACUUGACACAUAUGCUGCUGGAUUUUAGUACUGCUAUGCAGCUGCACGACUUCUCGGAGAUGCAAGCGUUCCCCACGAAGCUGCGGUACCUGUGCAUCUGUCUGUCCGAGGUCAUCUUCAUGGAGGGCUUCAUGAGGAAGAUAUACAACUUCAUCAACGGCCUCGAGAUCCUGCAUCUUAUUGGCACAUACGAGAAGGUGGAAGAGGAAGAGGAGGAGAUAUACGAGGUGAUCAACGUGCACAAGCUGAAGUCUGCGACUCCCAACCUCCGCGUCAUCAACCUGUACGGCAUCAACUUUGUCGACGACUCACACAUUGACGCCUUCAGCUCCAAUUGUAUACAGCUGGAGUGCCUGGCAGUGAACUUUUGCAACAAGGUGACAGGGUCCACCAUGAAGACCUUGUUCCAGCGCUCCAGGAGACUCACCUGCCUGCUCAUGAACGGAUGCAGUCUUCAAUCCGAGUACGUGAUGCAAGUGGAAUGGGAGAAGUCUUCGAUCCAGGAGCUGGACGUGACGGCCACGGACCUGUCGACCGAGUGCCUCAUAGACAUGCUCACCAGGAUCCAGAACUUGCGGUUCCUGAGCGCUGGACAGAUCAACGGGUUCAAUGACUCCGUGCUCAAGGCUUGGAUGGAGGCUGGUACUGCUAGAAACCUGGUGGGCCUGGACGUGGACUCGUCGGACAACCUGACGGACGAGGCGCUGCACCGGUUCCUGUCGCGGCACGGCAACCAGCUGCACGGGCUCGUCCUCAGCGGGAUGCCGCACAUCACGGACCAGCUCUGGCAGAGCGUGCUGCAACUGCUCGUCAAUGCCAAGAUCCUCAUAAUGGGCACACAAGAACGUCUUGGAGUGAACAUCCACGUAGAUCAACUGAUGGAUGGCAUAGCAAACAGUUGUCCCAACUUGGAGCGUCUGGAACUGCGUUGGGAUCCAGAGAACUUGCGUUUCAGUGACAAGAGUCAGAAGGCCAUUGAUAUACUGCGCGUCAAAUGCUUGAAACUCAAAUGUUUGGUGCUCAGCGACGGUCGUUAUUACGAAAUCGUGAAGGCUAACUUCGAGCGAGCUGACCGUACAACCGUAGUCCGCACAUCGACUAACUGCCGCGUCUCCAACUACUAUCUCCUGUCCAAUUACAAGGAUCUUAUAUUCAACUAAAGCUUUCGAUCGUGUUGACCAUGUAUUUAUAAAGUUAUUGUUUUAAAUAAAUGUCUGUUUACAUAA